CAUGGAUAGCUUCCUGCAAGUACAGAAGGGCACAAUCGCCCUGCUUGGAUUUGAUCUCUUUAGUGCAGACCGAGAAAUGUGGAAGCGUCCCUAUAGGGCAAUUAACGUAUUUGGUAUAGCCGCCAUUUUUCCCUUCAUCCUGGCAGCCGUUCUUCAUAAUUGGAAGCAUGUAAUGCUACUGGCAGAUGCCAUGGUAGCUCUAUUAAUUACCAUCCUAGGACUUUUCAAGUUCAGCAUGAUACUGUACUUGCGUCGGGAUUUCAAGCGACUUAUUGAUAAAUUUCGUUUGCUGAUGGCAAAUGAGGCCGAUCAAGGCGAGGAGUAUGCAGAGAUACUCAAUGCAGCCAACAAGCAGGAUCAACGUAUGUGCACUUUAUUCAGGACCUGUUUUCUUCUCGCCUGGGCCUUGAAUAGUGUGCUGCCUUUUGUGAGAAUGGGUCUCAGUUAUUUGCUAGCAGGUCAUGCUGAACCAGAACUCCCGUUUCCCUGUCUUUUUCCCUGGGACAUCCACAUCAUCCGGAACUAUGCUCUGAGUUUUAUAUGGAGUGCUUUCGCUUCGACGGGUGUGGUUUUACCAGCUGUUAGCUUGGAUACCAUUUUUUGCUCUUUCACCAGCAACCUGUGCGCUUUUUUCAAGAUCGCCCAAUACAAGGUGGUUAGAUUUAAGGGCGGAAGUCAUAAGGAAUCUCAGGCCACUCUGAACAAGAUCUUUGCGCUGUAUCAGACCAGUUUGGAUAUGUGCAGCGAUCUAAAUCUCUGCUACCAACCAAUCAUUUGCGCCCAGUUCUUCGUCUCAUCUCUGCAACUCUGCAUGCUGGGAUACCUAUUUUCCAUUACUUUUGCCCAGACCGAGGGCGUGUACUACGCCUCCUUUAUAGCCACCAUCAUUAUACAGGCCUAUAUCUAUUGCUAUUGCGGGGAGAAUCUGAAGACGGAGAGUGCCAGUUUCGAGUGGGCCAUCUACGACAGUCCCUGGCACGAGAGUUUGGGAGCUGGAGGAGCCUCCACCUCGAUAUGUCGAUCCCUGCUGAUCAGCAUGAUGCGGGCUCAUCGAGGUUUUCGCAUCACGGGAUACUUUUUCGAGGCUAACAUGGAGGCCUUUUCGUCGAUUGUACGCACUGCGAUGUCUUACAUAACUAUGCUGAGAUCCUUCUCGUAAAAGGUUAAGCCACAACGCAUCGGAUUGAUUUUUGUGCAAUUUUUGUUUUAUUGCUGAGCAUGCGUUGCCGUACGACAUUUAACAAUCGAAUUUACAAAUCUUACAAAUGUUUAUCUCACACACUGUUCGUUAGGCACUAAGUAGAAUGUAGAAUGUAGAUUAGAGAGAUUGGAUUGGCGGUAGAAAUGCACAGAUGAAGCACGAA